AUGGCGGGCUUCCACACUGGGCCCUGGACGCUCGUCUCCGGCUUGCUGCUGUUCUGGACAGCGCUGGUCGACCUCGCACACGGCCAACUUGUACAAACGUACUGCUCGAAUCAGAACACAGGCCCAGACGGCGCUCAAGGCUCGCAUCCUUGGCAGACAAACGGAUACUGCUUUGACCAAUGCAAAGAGAACUACGCAUUCGCAGUCGUACAAGGAAACUACUGCUGGUGUAGCGACUACGUUCCUGGGAAUCAGCUCGACGUGAGCGAUUGCAGCGCAACAUGUCCUGGUUAUCCAGACGAACGCUGCGGCUCGCCAGACUCGGGCUUGUACGGAUACGUUCCGCUCCUUAGGGAGCCUUCGGGUACUCUGAGCGCAAGCAUUGCGGCGGCCACCAGUGAAGCACCCAGCACGAUCCCAUCAUCACCGUCACCAGACACGUCAUCCUCCCCAUCUCAAUCAUCCUCAUCACCGCCUUCCAGCUCGACACCUCCUUCAACCACACCUCCGCCUCCAGUCCCAGUAGCCACACAAGCACCGGCGCCGAACACCCCGGCCGGGCCUACAUCGUCAUGGACACCAACUCCUGUGACCGAAAUACAAGUCAUUACCAUCAGUGGCGAAGCAGUUACACACACGGUAACUACUACGCCUACUGCUCCUCCAGAAGCGAUCAGUCAAACUUCUGGGCAAAAGAAAGUAUCUGGAGGAACGAUCGCCGGUGCAGUGGUCGGAGCAGUGGCUGGUGUUGGAGCAAUCGCCGCUUUGAUCCUGUGGCUGCUAUUUUUCCGACGAAGGCGCAAUGAUGACUCUGAAGACACCGAGAAACCCAGGAUCAGUCCUCGCAGAAACACGAGCACUAUGAGUCGGACUGGACUCCUGAAGUCGGAGAAACCAGAGUCAGCAGUUCCGACCCUUACGCGGAAUAGUGUGCACGGGAUGGACAAUCUCGAGACUCCGAUAUCGGAGAGGAGGAACAGCAGACCUCUGUUCUUCGAUUCACGAUUGAACCCUUCCGCAUUAAUGGACCACGAUAAUGGGAGCCAUGCAAGCGUGAUCUCAAUGCAGGAUAACCGGGAUUACACCCGGACACUUGGCGUCAGAAACCCUGAUCCGACAAAUUCCUUCGAUAAGGAAGCCCGACCCUCGUUUUCCCGUGGCUCGUAA